CUUUCCUCUGUUUCCUUCAUUGUUGCGCUGUAAAUGGGAGGCGGUGGAAACCAUCUUCAUCCUCUUCCUCCCGAUAAUACAAAGCUUGCGGAUGCUCCGGUUCUGUUUUUCGUUUACGUCCACAAGGCUUUCCGUGCCCAGCUGGUUGAGCUCCGUCGUUUAGCUACCGACGCCGUUGAAGCCGGUUCUUUUAGCGGUGGUGACUUGGCCGGUGAGUUUGGCCGGAAGUUUGAGUUCUUGAAACUUUUAUACAAGUAUCACAGCGCAGCUGAAGAUGAGGUUAUAUUUUUGGCGCUGGAUGCACGUGUGAAGAACAUUGUUUCUAACUAUUCUCUUGAGCAUGAUGGCAUAGAUGAUCUCUUCACCUCAAUUUUCCAUUGGCUACAAGUUCUUGAACAGGAGUUAGGGAACAUAUCUAAUGUACUACGUGAAGUUAUACUAAGCAUAAGCACCAUUCACUCAUCCAUAUGUCAACAUAUGCUUAAAGAAGAGCGUCAGGUCUUUCCACUGUUGAUCGAGAAGUUCACUUUCCGUGAACAGGCAUCACUUGUGUGGCAAUCCAUUUGUAGUGUUCCAGUGAUGAUUCUUGAAGACUUCUUGCCAUGGAUGAUGUCUUAUCUCUCUCACGAGGAGAGAAAUGAAGUUGUGAACUGCAUGAAAAAUGUUGUCCCAACUGAAGACUCAUUGCAACAGGUCAUAACCUCUUGGCUGAUGGAUUGUGGGGCUUCUACAAAGAUCUUGAAACAACUACAGCAUGAAGAUGUGUCUAAAGAUACCAAGAACUUUGGCAGUGGAUGUUUUCAACGGCUUUGGCAAUGGAGUAAAAAGCCAGUUUUUAUUCCAAAUGUAGGACACAGCCCUAUUCAUGGUCUUCAGCUUUUUCAAAAUGCAGUUGAAAAAGAUUUGAGAGACAUUCAUGAAGGGUUACGCCAAGCUAGCUUCCCAAACCUUCUUCUGGACCUUGAUGUACUAAUGGCUAGACUAAACUUUCUUGUUGAUGUACUUGUUUCUUAUAGCAAUGCAUUUAAGAAGUUCUUUCACCCGGUGUUAGACGAUAUAACAGAUGGACGCUCUUCAAGUGCCAAUCAAUUCACCAUAGAUGGCUGUCUUGAGACUUUUCAGAGACUACUAUACAAAAGUGCUGAUCCUAAGAUGAGGACAGAUGGUUUUAUACUGAAACUUAAGGAGGAGCUUGAGUCCCUUAUAGUCCAAGUAGCAAAGCAAUUUUCCAGACAGAGAAGAGAGGUAUUCCCAAUCAUCAGCAAGAACUGUAACCAUGAAAUGCAGAGGCAGCUCCUAUACACAAGCAUACAUGUCUUACCACUUGGAUUGCUAAAGUGUGUCAUACUAUGGUUCUCUGCUCAUCUAUCAGAAGAGGAGUCUCAAUCCAUUCUUCAUUUCUUGACUUUGGAAGAUUCUUCACCCAAAAAAUCAUUUCCACGCCUCUUGUUGCAAUGGCUACGCUUUGGCUACUCAGGCAAAACAUCUGUUGAAAGUUUUUGGAAACAACUGUCUGUUAUGUUCAAAGUAAGAUGUUUCUGCAAAAAGGAAGCUUCUGGAUCCUUGUCCCAUCUCUGUGAAGGAACUGAAGCUGAUUUGUUUGUAUGUUCUGAGAAAAGAAACAAGUCUUCAACAUGUUUCCUCUUGCCAGCUGCUGGAGACAUGUACCAGACACCUUACUCUAGUAGGAUGAAUCAGCAAAUGCUAUUCUCUGGAAAGCUUAAACCUCCUCCUCCUCCUCUCCAUCUUCCAGAGUUUUUUGGUGAGAAGAAUGUUGAUGAUCUGAUGGAUGUUAAACCAAUUGAUCUUCUCUUCUUCUUCCACAAGGCAAUGAAAGCAGAUUUGGACUACCUUGUCUCUGGAUCAGCUAGAUUAGCAACUGACUUUAGGUUCCUUGGGGAAUUUCAACAGAGAUUCCAUCUUAUAAAGUUUUUGUAUCAGAUACACUCUGAUGCAGAGGAUGAGAUUGCAUUUCCAGCACUGGAGGCAAAGGGAAAGCUGCAGAAUAUUAGUCACUCGUUUAGUAUUGAUCAUGAGCUAGAGAUCAAACACUUUGAUAAAGUAUCAUUCAUUUUGAAUGAGAUGUCAGAACUUAACAUGUUGGUCUCUAGUAUCAAGUUCAGUGCAGUGGACCACUACAGAAAGAUGAAGUAUGAGCGGUUAUGUCUGAGUCUCCAAGAGAUAUGCAAAUCCAUGCACAAGAUACUGUCUGAGCAUUUCCAACACGAAGAGACUGAGCUAUGGGGUUUGUUUAGGGACUGUUUUGCGAAUGAAGAACAAGAGAAGAUCAUAGGAUGCAUGCUUGGGAGAAUAAGUGGAGAGAUAUUGCAAGAUAUGAUUCCUUGGUUGAUGGAUUCAUUGAAAUCUGAUGAACAACAUGUUGUAAUGUCCUUGUGGCGACAAGCAACAAGGAAGACAAUGUUUGUUCAGUGGCUGAUAGAAUGGUACAACGGUCAUGUCAUAGAAGAGGAAGCAGGAGAAGCAAACAAUGAUCCAUUUGGGGAUUCAGAUCCUUUAGAGAUUAUCUGGAAGUAUCUAUUUGAAGGAGCUUCUGAUGGUGACAAAGGGAGCAUUGGAAGCAAACUUUCAGAGACAGACAUGGAAGUGGAUGAGCCACUUGGAAAGGCUGCUCCUGAUAACAAAGAGGGAGAAGAUGAGGAACUUCCAGAUACUAAAAAGAUAUGCAGAGGAGCUGACAAAAAGGAGGACAAGGAACAAACUGAUUGCAAUUGUCAUAUCAAUCCUGCUCAAACUUUUACAAUGUCUCAGAAGGCUAACCAGUUUGGUCAAUCCAAGAAGUAUGAACACUUGUUAACAAUGAGUCAAGAAGAAAUGGCGGCUAUGAUUAGAAAAAUAUCAUGUGACUCUUCCCUGGAUGCUCAAAAGAAAUCAUAUCUCAAGCAGAACUUGUUAAUGAGCCGUUGGAUUAUUUCACAGAGGAUAUUUACUCAAGAACCAGCCAUUCUCGCAAGCAGUACAGAAACAAUUCAAGGUCAGCAUCCAUCUUAUAGAGAUCCUCAGAGUUCAGUCUUUGGCUGCAAACACUACAAGAGGAACUGCAAGCUUCUUGCUCCUUGUUGUAACCAGCUCUUCACCUGUAUACGAUGCCAUGAUGAAGAAACUGAUCACUCAGUGGAUAGGAAACUGAUUAAAAAGAUGAUGUGCAUGAAAUGCCUACUGAUUCAGCCCAUUGGUGCAAACUGCUCAAAUACUUUGUGCAAGUCGUCAAUGGCAAAGUACUUCUGCAAUAUAUGCAAAUUAUAUGAUGAUGAAAGGAAAAUUUAUCAUUGUCCCUACUGCAAUCUCUGCCGAGUAGGGAAAGGAUUGGGUAUUGACUACUUUCAUUGCAUGAAAUGCAAUGCUUGUAUGUCGCGUUCCUUAAAAGAGCAUGUUUGCAGAGAAAAAUGCUUAGAAGAUAAUUGCCCGAUUUGCCACGAGUACAUCUUCACAUCCAGCUCUCCGGUGAAGGCUCUUCCAUGUGGUCACUUGAUGCACUCUAAAUGCUUUAAGGAUUACACUUGUUUGCAUUACACAUGCCCUGUCUGCAGCAAGUCGCUAGGAGAUAUGCAGGUCUACUUUAGGAUGUUAGACGCAUUGCUAGCAGAAGAAAAGAUGCCUGAUGAAUACUCCAACAAAACUCAGGUAAUACUGUGUAAUGACUGUGGAAGAAAAGGAGAGUCUCCUUACCAUUGGCUAUACCACAAAUGCACAUCUUGUGGCUCCUACAAUUCAAGGCUCCUUUAGAUCUUCCUCUAGUUUUCCCUUUUCUGUUCACAUCAUUGUAGAAUCAGCAGCCUAUAUUGUACAUGGCUGGUAAAUAAACAGUUUUGUAACAUUUGAUUGUUGUAC